UAGAGCCAAUGCAGUAUUCAGUAAUUCAGUUGUGGCGCAAGCUUAGCUGCGAUCAGACGUCUGCGGGUUGGCUCUGCGCCGGGUUUAUUUGCCAGCACCCAACACACAUUUGAGCUUGAAAUGACUGUGCCUUUUAAAUUUCACGUUUAUCAUUACGAAAAAUAUCAAAUUUAUAAUCUUAACUAAUAUAAAUUUAAGUUGUACACAUUUUAAAUAUUUAUUUACGGCAAAGAUGCCGAGAAAAAUUGAAUUUAACGUAAUAUAUGCUUCAAGUAAGUUCACAUGAUUAAACAUUACCCUAUAAUUAUUAUUCAAUACUUUUAUGCUUCAUUUAAAAAUAACCUAUCGAUCAAAUUUUCAAAUUAUAAAAACAAUAAACAAAUUAAAUAUAUAUGUAUUUUACAAACAGGUGAAGAUGAGAGACACUCGUGUUUGGAGUUAAACGUCCAUGGACCGACAGUAAGAGGAUGGCAGAGUGCAAGAAGAUGUGGGUAUCCCCAGGAAUUAAUUCUGCGUUUACAUGGACCAGCUAAACUUACGAGGAUUCAAGUACUAGCUCACCAAUAUCUUAUACCGGAGAAACUUGAAAUAUGGACGACAAAAGAAGAAAACGCGUCUGUCAAUACGUCUUUUAAUUAUUUAGGUUACAUAACAUUGUCUGACAAUGAAUCAACGCUUUAUAAAAGUCGUGAGCUUAAGAGUGUUGCACUUCCGGAAGCAAAAGCACUGUCAUUGAAGCUACGUCUGCAUAAACCGCACCAGAAUAAACACAAUGUUUACGAGCAGGUUGGACUUAUCGCUAUAAAUAUUAUUGGCGAGCCAUGCACACAGGAAAUAAAUAACCAGGGUGAAGUUCCUUACAAUCCGCACUAUACCUCACCCUACGAUGAUCUAGCAUUUGAAAUGUAUGUCGAUCGCGAAGUUGCUAAAAUAAUUCGUCAAAUGGAAAUUAGAAAAUUGCAAGCCGCUGAAGAAGAAAGAUUCGAAUAUGCAUCGAAAUUAAAAGUUGCUAUGGAAAUACUCAGAAAAGCUGGGGAGAGACUUGGCAAGUAUGAGUUGGAAAAAAAAUACGCUAUUGCGUUGGAAGAUUACGAUAAGGCGAAAGCAAAAAAAGCUCAAGCGCAACAGUAUAGACAGGAAGUUUAUGACAGCUUGGACGUUAAUGAUUUACUUGAAAUUGACGGGCCGUUGGAAAAAAAUAAUAUAUCAACGGUUGACGGUAAAGAACCUAUUUCUGAUGCUGGUGCAUGUAACAAUGCAGCUGUCCCAGAAGAUAUUUUAUCACCACCACGUCUAGUUGUCCCACCGAAUCGCGAAGGGGCUAUUUCACCCACUGGUCCUCCGCACCAGCCGCCGAUAUCUCCAUUACACCAAAAGCCUCAUAGUCCAGAAAUUACGGAUAGUCCACCAAAUGGUGUAUUAGAGAGACAAAAUAACAGAAAUACUGGAUCGCUGAGAAGAAAAACUAAAUCUGCGGGUCCUUCUUUACGGUCUAGUUAUGAAGCAUACGAAGAACGAACUAUUCCAGCUCUUCGACAUUCGCAUACAAAUGAAUUUACCCGCGAGUGUCACUUGGACGCUGAAGUAAAAGUAAAUUCAAAGCUCAACGACCGAGAGAAGAAACAAGCAGCUCUACCAAUAACCGUAUUUGGAAUGGAGAUGGUUGAGAAAUUUUAUUCAAAACAAUUUAUGGAUAAAGAAGAAGGACUUAUGAUGCUUAAAGAAGAGCUAAAAAAAUUUGACCCCGAAGUCUCGAAGCAUUCGGCCAACAAGACUGCAAGAGCUGCGAUUUUUCUGCUCCAUCGUGCUCUGAGGGACAAAGUCUUCAGUGUAUAUAGUCUAGCCGCACAACUAAUAAGACUUUUCUUUUCCGAGUUUGCUACCAAUAGAGUAUCAUCGACAGAAAUAGCUCGUAGUGUAGAUAGAUUGCUUCCUGAAUUAUUGACUAAGUCCGGUGACACAACACCGCGAAUUCAUAACAUGGCAGUUCAUACUAUUCUAAGUAUGGCUGAUUGUCAAUGCGUGAGAGAGCUUCAUAUUAUUCCAGUCCAUUUGAGCCGCCCUGUACUGAGUAGUACACAUCAAAGAUUAGCAUUAAGUCGUUUAGAAAUGGUAGAACAGCUAAUACUUAAUCAUGGUAUUUCUACCGACAAGCAGAGUGGAUUAACAUGCCGCACAUUAUCUGAACUCGGUUCUUCCGGGCUACAUCAUCCAGCAGAAGCUGUAAGGAAAGUAUCUGAAAGAAUUUUAGUGCUUGUUUAUAAAAUUAAUCCUAGAUUAGUAAGAAAACAGCUUCCACCUGACGAUGAUAUUACACGAAGAAAUUUAUUGUUUCGUCAGUUAUAUCACGAAUUUGAUCGAAUAGAUCUUCAAAGGAAAAAAGAACUGGAAUCAACGCCAAAGCAAACAGUUACUCCAACUUGCACCAAGUCUGCUGAUAAUAAUUCAACAAAGUCGCCGUCACGUGCAAGUCCUGUGCAAAUUAGCACAGAAAGCUCAACAAGUGUCACGUCACCGUCGGACAACAGUACUGAUCAUAAAGGCGAUAAAGUCUGUAUAUUUUGCCUGUCAAAGGGUCAAGGGUAUUCUGAGGAUGGUCUAAAUAUUCAUUACUGGCGUUCGUGUCCAAUGUUAACGCGAUGUGAUUCGUGCUCACAAGUGGUAGAAAUAUCGCAUCUAAAUUCUCACUUGUUGAGCGAAUGUGACAAGAGAAAUGAUUAUGUUAAGUGUGAUACUUGUAAGCAGGCGAUUAUUGAAAAAUCUUUUGCAGAACAUACUAAUGAUGACUCGUGCACAAGGCCAGUUGAAGGAUACGAGCGAUGUCCUCUCUGUAGAACUUUAGUAAACAAAAAUAAAUGGAAGGAACAUUUGAUGGGAGAUAAUCCAUGUCCAAAUAAUCCGCGGAAUAAAAUUAAUAAGACAUGCACAAAAUCACCGUCAAAAUCACAAAAUUUAAGUGGAAAAAUAACAUCACCUACGGGAAGAGAUUACUAGCAUUAGUUUUAUACAAUUCACUAUUGUGAAUUGUAUGAAUUUUAUUAUCAGAUAUUUUAAAUAUCUAUUUUAUUUUUUUUUUAAAUCAUUUUUUUUUAUUUAUAGUUUAUAUAUUUGUUACUUUUUGAAUAAUGUUUUUUCAUAUUUAUAUACUUAUAUGUAUAUUAAAGUUUUUUAUAGCCAAACCCGUCCUUUAGUGAUGAAAAAUAGUCAAUAUCCAGUUAUUUAAAAAAAAUAUUUAAGUAUAUAUGGAAGAAAGAAAAAAAAAUGCAUGUACGUGGAGGUGAAACAUCGCACACAUUUUUAAAUAAAUUUAAUUUUUAGAUACGCUUAAUAUUUCUAUUAGUGCACAACAAUAAUUAAAAUUAAUUAUUAAUUAUUGAUAAAUAAAUACUAGGAAGUUAAAUUGUCAAGUUAAAUUAAAUUAAUGCGAACAAUAUAAAAAAAAAUACCUCGAUAUC